AGCCAUUUCCAGCUGCCUGGGCGCCGUCUGGCAGGCCGCUGCCAUGACGGACGCCGAAUGGGCGGCCAACAUGCGGAAGGUGCUGGGGCCCCACCUGGAGGCCAUGGCCUCCGAGGUGCAGCAGUCCUGGGGUCCUGAUGUGGACCCAGAAGCCAUGAUGUUGCGAUGGCUCUGCCAGCGUCGAAACUUAGAGGUGCCCCCGGUGUCCGUGCGGCGGCGGGGGGCCGCACCCAGGCCUCCAAGCUCGCCUCCAGAGGAUCCGCCGGCCAAGCCGCCGGAACAUGCAAAGCCGGAGCCGCCGUUGAGCGCCAGGCCUACUGGCGCCAGCGCCACGAGCGCGAGCGCGAGCGCUGGCGGUGGUAGCACCUCAAGCAAUCAGCGAAUGGAGCCCAUAGCGCCACAGACCGCUAGGCUACCAGCCAUUCGCACGUCUCGGAGCACAGAGGAGAAGAGACUUAGCUUGCCGCCCUUGGCUGAAGAGGCCUCAACGGUGAAGCCUCCAGAGCCCUCACCCACCGCCAUGGCGCUGGAUCUCGGGGUCAACAUCCUGGCGACCAAGCCUUGGACCUCGCAGCUGGCUGUCAACUUACCAGAGUGCAAACCCUGGGAACGGACGCUGAAAACCGUCCAGGACCGCAUCGUCUCAGACCAGAAGAGGCACACCAGCCAUGCAGAGAUGCUCAGAGCGAAUGACCAGCGCAUGCACGACCUGAUGGCCUACAUGCACCAGGAGAUGAGGGGCCAAUUCCUGGCAAAGGUGCCUUUGCUCUCCGAGAAGGUCCUGGAUGCGAAGACGCAGUUCCGGUUGGUGAGCUGCCUCAAACCUCAGACCUUCGAGCGGGGGCAGUUCAUCAUCAAGGAGGGUGAGGUUGGGGACAGGCUUUACAUCAUCGAGCGUGGCACGUGCGAGGUGAAUAAGAAGCUGAAUGGCCGUGAAGUGACCAUCGGCCAGCUCAGCAAGGGCGCCUUCUUCGGGGAGAUCGCGGUGCUCUAUGACAUGCCCCGCACGGCCACGGUCCGCACGCAGACGGCGGUCAUCGCGCUGGGCCUCAGCCGCGCGGACAUCCAAAAGCAGCUCUCCGCGGAGGACCUCGAGCGGAUGAAGCUCAUCGCUCGGACACAGGUCUUCGGAAGCGUGCCGCUGCUGGCUGACUUGGAUGCGGAGAGGAAGGCCAAAGUCGCCAUCGCCCUGAAAAGUCAGAGGUGGUACAAGGGCGCAGUUCUGGCGGGCCAGAACCACAUCACGUCACGCAUGUACAUCAUUGAGCAGGGCAACAUCCUCAUGACUCCAUCGCGGAGGAAUCGGCAGCCAGCUCAGGAGCUGCGUUUGGGCCCGGGCCAGUACUUCGGAAUGCGGGGCCUGCUCUAUGGCGCUCCCAUGGGCUUCACCAUCACCGCAGACAGCGACGAGGUGAUGACGCUUUCCAUCAGCUACGAGGAGCUGGUGGACACAGAGACCGACCCGGCCGACCGCACGGAGCUGGCGACCAUCCUGCACCGCUCCAUGCGAGCGCAUCUGGUGAAACAGAUUCCGGCGGUGGGGCGCCUGGCGGAAGAGAACUUCCAAGCAGUCUUCAAGGACGCGCAGGAGGUGAAGUACAAGAAGUGGAACGUGGUCUUCCAACAGGGCUCAGUGCUGCGCUAUGUCUACGUGUUGGAGAGAGGGAAGCUCUCGGAGUACGGGGGGAAAUUGGAGAAGCUCGUGGAACAAGACGGCAAGGUAUCCUUCAAGAAGUGGAACGUCCUGGAGAAGGAUAGCGCAGAGUAUAUCUACGAGCUGAAGUCUGGGCAGCUGGCGGUGAAAGACGGGGAGGGGCGGCGGGCCUUCGAUGGCCAGGUCGCCGACACUGAUGUCAAUUGCCCGGAGCACGUCACUCCCGGCACCUACUUCGGAGCGGAGUGCCUGGAGAGCAAGAGCGCGAUUGCUCCCUACACCCUGGUGGCGUUGACGGAUGUGACGCUGCUGCAGUUUCCGCCCAGCGCCAUUUGGGCCGUGCAAGAGGAGCAACGGCAAUUCCUGUCCAGGAUCCAGCUCUUCUCCCCCGACGUGCUCACCAAGGAUGAGCAGUUCAUGCUGGUCAGCAAGCUAAAGCCAUGGAACUUCCCUGCUGGCCGGUACAUCAUCAAGGAGGGCGAGAUCGGUGACAUGCUCUUCAUCAUCGAGCGGGGCGUGUGCGACGCCUGCAAGAUCCUGAACGACCAGGAGGUGGUGUUGACCCAGCUCAAGAAGGGCGCCUUCUUUGGCGAGCUGGCCGUGAUGUUCGACAUGCCUCGCACGGCCUCGGUGCGUGCGGCCACGCCGGUGACGGCGCUCUCCUUGACCCGGGAGGACAUCACCAGCGUGAUCGGCGAGGAGAAGAUCUCGAAAAUGCAGAUCCUCGCAAAGGCCCAGGUCUUUGGCAGCAUCCCCAUCCUGGCACCAUUGCCCGCUGCAGCCAAGAACACCAUCGCCCGCAGGCUCCAGCCGAAGUGUUUUGAGAAGGGUAGCGUCAUCAUCGAUCCAAAGGCCAAAGCGGACAGGCUUUACAUCGUGGAGUCCGGAUCUGUGAUGGUUCAGUGCGGUGAGGAGAAGGGCAUCCAGCUCCUGGCGGGGAUGUCCUUCGGAAUGGAUCGCCUUUUGGGCGAGGAACCGUACGACAUCAAGGUGACUGCAUUCUCCGACCAGGUGAAGACUUUGUCCUGCACCCUGCCGGACAUUUUGGCCUCCGCCGGUACCGGGGAGCAGGAGGCCAUGGUGAGGCACAUGCAGCGCGCCCUGCACAUGUGGCUGCUGCGCAGUGUCUUCCUGCCAGACGAGUCGGAACAGCAGCUGGCCAACGCCUUGCGUCACUGUGACGUCCUGCCUGUGAACGAGGGCGAUGUAGUGUUCGAGAAGGGCGAAUCUCUCACGUCGGUCUACAUCGGCAUCCAGGGCGUGUUCCAGUCGCCUGGCCACCCGAUCUAUCGGGCCACAGAGGUUCGGGGGAACAUCGUGAACGCCAGUCCCUUGGCCUUCGGCGCAGAGUGGGCCACCCGCGACAGUCCGGUCUCGGCGCCCUACCGCCUAGAGGCGGCCACGGCCGGGUCGCUGCUGCGGGUGCCAAUGUACGUGGUGAGAGGCUAAGAGGUUUUCCAUCGCCGAAAGGCGAGGUUAGGCGGCGCCUUGAAGAUUGGGGCCAAGAAUGCAGCACGGGUUGAUGUGUGAUGGAC